UGGGCAGGUGUGCCUGCUGUGUUCUCCAGCUCAUCAUUGGUAUCCUAAUUGGUUUCGUUACUAGUCAGGCACUCUUCACGAUAUGGUGGCAUAGAGGAUGCAGGUUCCGCAAGCAUGAGAAAGAACAUGAUAAGAAUUGUUGUAAAACUGACCCCGAAAAGCUUGUUUUCGCUGGUAUCAUGACCACUCGGAAGUAUCUGUCAACACGUGCUGAUGCUAUCUAUAAAACAUGGAGUAAAGAUUUCCCAGGUCAGUUGGUGUUUUUCAUUGGGACUGGUGAAGAUUUCAACACAUCCCUACCGGUAGUAGUGUUGACUAAUGUCAGUGAUGAGUCCUACCCGCCACAACGAAAGAGCUUUGAGAUGCUCCGCUACAUGUCUCAACACCACGGAAACGACUUCCACUGGUUUAUGCGUCUGGAUGACGACGUCUAUGUAAAUACGGACCUUCUAAAAACAUUCCUGACGUCUAUAAACAGCUCUCUGCAUGAGUACAUGGGACAUCCAGGCACUGGAGCUAGAAAAGAAAAAGGACAUUUAGGUCUGCAUGAAAAGACACCUUAUUGUUUGGGAGGUCCUGGUGUGGUACUGAGUGGCCCCAUCCUCCGGCAAGUGGCACCCCAUCUCUCUGGCUGUCUGAAGAACCCAGCGACACCUCAUGAGGACACAGAACUAGGGAGAUGCAUACACAACGUGACUGGUCUUUCCUGCUCAUGGCAGAACAGGUUUCGGAGACUGUUUCUGGCAAACUAUACACAUGCAGCCGGGGCAUGGGCCGUUAGUAUGAAUCCACAUGAAGCAGUGAAGACGAUAUCAUUCCAUCCUGUAAAACAUCCGGGCAACCAGUUUAUAUUGCACAAAAUGAUUCUGUCAAAAACCGUAGAAAAGAAAAAUUCAUAUAAGGGACUUUAAGAACGAGAGACAUUACCAAUUAAUGCAUCCGGUUCUGUCAAGGCAGGUAACUCCACCCCAUGGACAUGCAUCAAGGCGUCUAACGUUUAUUCAUUGGAACCCGGCCAUCUCAAAGACUCAACCUUACAUCGUGGAAGGCACUUAGGUUUAGUGUCUGUUCAAAAUGAAUUGAAGCUAUUUUUGAAGGAAAGGAAACUCCGACUUUCACAAAUAGCCUAUCAGAGAAUGUCUGCACUGAAUGGUCUUGAGCAUGUGGUGGUCACGAGGGAUCGGAAGAAUAACUAUGAGGUCUUCAGAACCCGGCAAAACUUUCAUCAGAUCUAUUUUCGUGAACUAAAACCUAGAAAAAGAUAGGGUCAGACAGUAAUGGGAGAUGAUCUUCUUAGAGCGGGAAUAAAUUGGUGCAAAGCUGAGAUUCGAACUACAGUCACCAAUGGUAAACAAAAUGCUUGUCAGUGCAAUUGCAGUAAUCAUUGACUGUGUAUGUAUAGUUAACAUUGUACUUGAACAUAGUUUACAGAAAUAAAACAUUUAAGGUUA